AUGUUUCCCGAUAAUCUCACCUCCAGCGGCAACAUCUCCGGGUUUAUGGUGGUGAAAGAUGCAUCCGCGGCGCUCCUCUCGCCAUGGACAACAUUCGACAAGGUCUACAAGUCGGUUAUGGGAUACCCUGCCAGCGACUUCGAAUUUGUGUACGGACGGACACCACUCUCGACUUUCACUGAAGCCAUGACUCUGGUGGUGCUGUAUCUUGUAGUCGUUUUUGGCGGCCGGGAGGUAAUGCGCAAUCGCAAACCGCUGGAGCUGAACACGCUCUUCAAAAUUCACAAUCUCUUCCUGUCUCUUCUCAGCGGAGCUCUGCUGGUGCUGUUCGUCGAACAAGUUGCACCAAGCUUGUGGCAGAAGGGCAUCUACGAAUGUAUCUGCGGACCCUCGGGCUGGACACAACAACUGGUUGUUCUCUACUACAUCAACUACCUCACGAAAUACUACGAGCUCAUCGACACCGUCUUCCUGAUGCUCAAGAAGAAACCGCUUACCUUCCUCCACUGCUAUCACCACCCGGCCACCGCGCUCCUCUGCUUCAGCCAGCUGAUCGGAGGAACCCCGCUGUCUUGGGUGCCCAUCACGCUCAACCUGACGGUGCACGUUGUCAUGUAUUGGUAUUACUUCCAGACCGCGCGGGGCAUCAAGGUGUGGUGGAAGCAGUGGAUCACCGUCUUGCAGAUUACCCAGUUCGUGCUGGACCUUGGUUUCGUCUACUUUGGCUUCUACGACGUCUUCGCAGACACGUACUUCAAGGAGAUCCUCCCCCACGUCGGUCGGUGCGGCGGCGAAUUCUACUCAGCCGUGACUGGUGGCGCCAUCCUGACGUCGUACCUGAUUCUCUUCAUCAUGUUCUACAUUUCAACGUACAAGAAGGGCGGUCGCAGCAAGGCGGCUGCGUCGCAAAAGUCCAACAAGCCGGCCGCUGUCCUCAACGAAAAGAAGGCCUUGGCGGCGGCUGACCUUGGGAGGUAA